AGCGCGCACUUGUCGAGAGAUUACGGCGUGGUCAUAAUCUUGUGAGCGCUUUACUAGCAGAAGUGCGAUCUCGGCAACAGCAGACUGUUUAUUUGUAAAUAUCAUCUCUCACGAUAUGAUUAUUCGAAGUGCUGUAAUGAAUAACGCUGGAUUAUGGCUGGUACUAAUGGGAUUAGUCAUUGUAGGAACAGAGGGUCAAGACAUUGUGAUUGAGGGUGAAAGUCCCUUAAAAGUGACAGGCUAUUCCAGCAGCAUGAUCACUUGUAGAAACACUGCAGGGGGUGAGCAAGACAAUCUGAAGUGGUAUGGGGCCAACAAAAAUGAAGUUCAGAGUUAUUAUGCCAAUGCUUUAAUUUAUUCAACUAGUUUCGAAACCAAUUCUCUGUCACUGGUAUUCACAAAUAUCUCGGAAAAUGAUGCAGGAGAAUAUACUUGUAAUGGAACAGUUAAUGGAACUCCACAAAGUGCCACUGUCAUGGUGAUGGUGAAUAUGCCUCUGAUAGUGACAGAUGAAAUGGCACCUCCUAUUCAGAAAGUUCAGGAGGGCAAGAAAGGUUUCAUCAAAUGCACCGGUCCAGGGGGGUUUAUUGUAUCUUGGAUUAGGAAUGGAAACCAAAUUAAACAAGACACCAAUGGAACUGAUGAUACCCCAAGGUAUGCGCAAGUGCAAAAUGGAUUGGAAAUCACAAACGUCAACGCCAGUUUGGAUGAGGGAACAUUUAUCUGCAAUGUGUUCAAACUAGGAUCAUCUCAAUUCAAAAGAAUCAACAUAAAUGUCAGAGUUACAGUUCCUCCCAAAAUUACCACCCCUCCCAGCGCUGGCCAGGCAGUUGUUGGGGAACAGUACAGAUUUGAAUGCUUAGCCACUGGAAAGCCACCCCCGGAGUACCUCUGGUUCAAGGAUGGCAGUACAAAUGAAUUAGCAGGAGACCGAUAUGAAAUCAACAAGCAGUCAGGCAUUCUGAUUAUAAAGAAUGUGAUAAAAGACGAUGAGGGAGUUUACAAAUGUGAUGCUCGAAACGAGGCUGACAGUGUUGUUGAAUCCGCUAGCCUUAGUGUCAUCAUUCCACCUAAAAUACUUGAACAUAUGAAUAAGUCUGGUGAAGAAGGAAACGAUGCAGUCUUGAUAUGUAAGGCCUACGGAGAUCCCAUUCCCACCAUUAAGUGGUUUAAAGGCGAUAAAGUUAUCCAAGAUGCAACAGCUACUCAGGAUAUAAAUGAGAAAACUGUAGUCUCAAGUCUGACGAUAACUUCCCUGACAAAGGAAAAUGGUGGACAAUAUACCUGUGAAGCUGCUACCCAGGGUGCUCCAAGUGACAAGAAGAAUGUUUAUCUUUCUGUUAAAUAUAAACCUGCAUUUGAUCCUGAUAUGGCAUCUACUGCUUGGACUUGGAAAAAUGCGCCUGGAAAUCUGACUUGCUUGGUGCGAGGAGAACCCAGACCUACUGUCGAAUGGUAUUCCAUUCCCAAUGAAAAUGGAGACAGAUCAAAGAUUGAAGAAGAGAGCUUUUAUUCCAUCUCAACCAAAUAUAUAGAUGCCAACACAGUUCAAAGCAUUUUAAGGGUUGUGUAUGACUUUACAACACCACUUGGAGACUAUCUUUGUAAAGCUACAAAUGAUUUAGGAAGCACAAACAGAACUAUAAGACUUUCAAAAGCUAAUCCACCAUCCCAACCAUCAGUAACAGAGGUAAUGAUUACACCAACCACUGCCGACUUCAUCGUCAGGUUUAGUUCUGUUUCCAACGCUCCCCCACCAAAGAGGCUAAAGGUCACUGUAACACCCUUUCCAACCGAGAGGAUUCAAUACUUCACUGUUGGAGUUGUGAAUGGCAGACCAAAGGAAGUGACAGUCAACCUAAAAGACCUGACACCCAGCACUAGUUACACGUUUGAAUUUACUGGAGAGAGUGAUGCUGGAGAAGGACAACCCAAAAGGGAAUCCAGGAAUACCCUAGCACCUCGAGAGCCAUAUAAAGUGGUGAUUAGGAAUUCACUCAAGGAUGGCGAAUAUCCAACGAAGUACCUUUUAGAGUGGGAGACACCAAAGAAUGGAGGAGCUGAUAUCGAUCGUAUUGAAAUUUGCCACAGAAGGGUACAAGUACUAGCAGACCAGUCCCCGAACAAUGAAUACCAGUUUAAGGAAACGAUCACAGAAUUUGUUUGCCAAAACGCCUUGCCAAACCAAUCAACAUAUGAACUUACAAACUUGAACCCAAAUACAUAUUACGAAGUUAGAAUCAGGGCUAACAAUGUCCAUGGAUUAUCGGAAAGCAGCUUAUACAUCUUUAAAACCAAAGGGGCAACAUUGAUGCCCCAGCCUCACAGUGAUCAACCAAUACAAACUACAGUUUCCAGUAUAAAGAAUUCUCGAGUCGAACCACAAUCCUCAGGAGAAGGUGAGGACGGUAUCUCUAUUGGUGUUAUCAUCGCCAUCCUGAUCAUCGCUUUCAUCGUCCUCUUCAUUGUGGUCGAUGUGACGUGUUACUACAAGAAGAGGUUGGGCGUCAUCAUGUGCUUCAAACAGAGGUUUUGUAGCGGAUCCAGCGCCGGAGCCGGGGGCGCCAAAGACGCCGAGAAAGGCGGGGACGACAAAAAUAAAAAGUCUGACAAACAGAAUGAAAAAGAGGAGAAUACCAAACCGUUACUGAAAACUGAGGAGGAAGAAAAAAAUGGGAAAGAAGAAUUGAAGGAAAUGGAACCUGAAGAAAAGGAGAAAGAUGCUGAAAAAUCACCCACUAUUGAAAAUGCAGAGGAGGCAAAACCUGCCCCGGAAUCUCCUAAGCAAGAGACACCGAAGGAGACCAAGCCCGAGGAGAAAUCCCCGACAUCCGAGGCCAAACCCGAGGCUCCAGCAGCUGAGAAAAAGGAAGCAAAAUAAAGGAUCUUAUACAAUGGGCGAAUUCCAGUACAUGCCAGUUAUUUCCAUUUUGUUCUAACACCCAGUUUCAAAUAAGCCAGGCCAUGCAUGAAACACGUGCGUUUCACGUUUCUGACAACGUCUACAUAUAUUUUGGUAAACUGCCAAGAAUUAAACAAAUUAUAAUACUUACAUUGUAGUCCAUGAUGCAGAGUCGAUUGUACAUAAUUAUACUUUAUUUUACCUGAUAUUAGUCGUUGAUAAAAAAACAACAACCCAGAUUUAAAUGUAAAAUAUUAAAGUCCUUAGUGUAUAGAUAAUGAUAUUAUGAUUAUGUUAGAAGAGUUGUGGGUAAAUUUGAAAAGAGGGGACGAGAUAGUUAUACUUGUAGUAAUACUGUUUUCCUUGUGACUUUGAAUUUACUCAAUAUUGUUAAAAAUCUGCUUUAAAGCUAUUAUAGAAGGAUUUGUGUAUGUGAUGAUGGUAUUGUAUGACAAAUACUCAAGCUUAAUACAAGCUUAGAUAGAUGUAAUACUUUAGACAGUUACCGUUCUGAGAUUUGCUGUAUUAGGUAAGAGUUUCUGGUUGAAAUCAGCGGUUGUUUAAUUGUACUAAAAAAAAAAUUGUGUGUGUUCUUUGUGUAGUAGUCAAGCUUUCUCUAUCCAAAAUCAUUAUAUGCCCAGUUAAACUGUGUUGUGAAUCAUUUUACCUCUGACGUCUAUUGUGUUGUGAAUGCAAUAUAUAUCAUAUACAUGUGCACGUAUACACAAUCAUUCACUACAAGAUUAUGUAACUAUGUAUGUUGCCCUUGUAGAUUAUGAAAUCCAUGAAAAGUGCCGUACGAGCAGUGUCGUUACUAUAAAUAGCCUCUAUACCACGUGACAGGGCGUUUUCUCUCUAGCAUAGUAGGUGUUCGAAAAGCUUUAUCCGUAUUGUGCAUUGAGAUAACCACUGAGAAAACCCGAUUAAAUAGAAAACUUAUACAUAAUCUUAAAAAAGCAAUACACUGCUUAUACUACGUAUGAAUUGUUGUAUUAUAUUGUACAUUUUCCAUGGUUACGUGUAAAUCAUAGUAUUUCGUAAGGUCUAGAUAUAGUUCUUGUGUAUUGUGAAUGUAUGCAAUCAUAAUUCAAAUUCAUUCCAGUUUCUGUGCUAAGUGAUCACCAAGUAUUUACGUGUGUGUAUAGUCAAUGGCCAACGUCUAUUCUUCGUAAUAUAAAUAAUUAUUUUUUUUCCUGUCAGAGAAAGGUUACAAAUAAAAUGGAAUGAGUAUUUUGAUAUUUAAAAGAAUAGAUCAAAUAUCUUUCAAAGUGUUUCAUCGGUAUUUUAAUUAUAUGUGUAUUUUUGUGACAGAUUCAAAUAUUUUCAUGAAUAGUGAUAGAGACUUCAAAAUUGAUGUGCCGUAAAAUUAGUGUUUUAAUAAAUCGUAAACCUGUUCACUGUCAUCAAUAUCUUUGCUAUUCUCAAUUUUUGUCUUCUUAAUAUGCAAUAUUCGUUGAGUUUUGGUUUGGUAAAUGUAAAUUGGAAAAGGGAGAUUUUAUGAAAUGAGCCAUGCGAAGCGUCAAAAAGACAUUCAUUAAACUUUCUAGAAUUUUAUCCUAAACUUUUAGCUCAGAGAAAACUGAAGCAGUCUAAAAAAUGUUUUCAAAUUCUGAUUGUUUACGUGUUGUUACUGCAGUUAUUUUUAUUGUUAAAACGAGAGACGUGUUAUGAAAUUACAGUUUUCUUAUUCAGGGGAUUUUUUCAAAUUCAGGUCUUAAGGUUAUUUGUUGCGUAUUGGAAUUUUUCCUACCUCGAGAAUUUUUUUUCGAAAUACAUCAUCUUACAAUGGACCUUUCUUGUUGCUAGAGUAGAAACAGGGAAAUGAAUAGAAAUAUGAAAACACAACGUCUGAAUGUAUAUUCGAAUAAAAUGGUGACAACAGAUAGGAAUGAAUAACUCAAAGCAGCAUAAUUUACUGGUGAAAUUCGCAUAAUAUAUUUUAUCUUUUUACAUCUUGUGUGAGGGUUUUAUGCUGUCAUUUUUAUUUUGUAUUUUGCUGAAUAAAUUGUGCCAUACAUGGAACUGGU